AGUUACCCUUGCGCGGCGCGCGCAGUGGCAACGCGUCCCGGCCCCCCGCGCUGGACGGCGGAGGACCCCUGUCGCGCCCCUGGCUGGUCCCGGGACCCCAGCGGGAGUCCCGCGUCUGGCGUCUCGAGUCGCCGGGAGUCUGAGUUGCGGGCCACGCGGGACUGGCGGUGGCAAGCCCGCUGGUCGUUAUGAGGACGGAUCUAAAAUGACCGGCAAGCGGAAACCUUUCCAAACGCAGCUCAGGCGGUCAAUCAGUGAGCAGUUGCGGGACUCUACGGCCAGAGCCUGGGAUCGGCUGUGGAAAAACGUCCGGGAGAGACGGCUGGCAGCAGUAUCUCCUGAGUUGGCCAGUGACCACAGGGGUGGAAGAGAGGUCUAGAGAAGAAGAAGGUAUGAAGCCUGGACAGAGGGCAGGGAUGCCAAGGAAAUUGAGGCGAAGGAAGCAUGUGACUGGCUCCGUGCUGCCGGGUUUCCGCAGUACGCUCAGUUAUAUGAGGACUCACAAUUUCCCAUCAACAUUGUGGCUGUCAAGAACGAUCAUGAUUUUCUUGAAAAAGACCUUGUAGAACCUCUUUACAGACGACUAAAUACCUUGAACAAGUGUGCCUCAAUGAAACUUGAUGUGAACUUCCAAAGGAAAAAGGGUGACGACUCUGAUGAGGAAGAUCUCUGCAUCAGCAACAAAUGGACUUUCCAAAGGACCAGCCGCCGGUGGUCUCGCGUGGACGACCUCCACACACUGUUUCUCGGCGGAGACAGAAACGGGUCGUCAGGAGACAUUAGGAUGAGAAACACGACCAGCAGUGAGAGCGUCCUCACCGACCUGAGCGAGCCCGAGGUCUGCUCCAUUCACAGCGAAAGCAGCGGCGGGAGCGACGGCCGCAGCCAGCCGGGCAGCUACGGCGCCGGCCGGGAGGCCUUGGACGGCCCCGGGCAGUACUGCGCCCACGGCCCAGCCAUGCUGGACGCCACGCUGGGCGGCAGCAGCCUCCCGCCGUCCCCGAAAGACGGUCUCCAGCACCCUUGGCACCCAAAGAAUGAGAAGCCCCCCCGGGCCAGAGCCAAAUCAUUUCUGAAACGCAUGGAAACGCUGCGGGGGAAAGGAGCUCAGGGAAGGCAGAAGGGGUCGGGGCGGACCGGGGGCUUGGUGAUCAGCGGCCCGGUGCUGCAGCAGGAGCCCGAGUCCUUCAAGGCCAUGCAGUGCAUCCAGAUUCCAAAUGGAGAUCUCCAGAACUCACCCCCCGCUGCCUGCAAAACAGGGCUUCCGGGGCCCAGCAAAUGGAGCGGUGAGAGCAGCCCGUCGGAAAACAGCAGCAGCGGGGUGAGCACGCCCGGCCUGAAGGAGCGAAGAUGCCAGGAGGCCCACAAGCGCGGGGGCAUGUACUUAGAAGACCUGGAUGUGCUGGCGGGGACAGCACUGCGGGAUGCAGGGGACCAAAACCACGCACGCGAGUUUCAUUCCCAAGAGAACUUGGUGGUGCACAUUCCCAAGGACCACAAACCAGGAACGUUCCCCAAGGCGCUCUCUAUCGAAAGCCUCUCACCAACAGACAAUAGCAGCGGGGUUCACUGGAGGACUGGGAGCAUCUCCCUGGGCAGACAGCCGGGCCCUGGGGCCGGGGAGCCCAGGCUCAUGGCGUCCUGCCACAGAGCGAGUCGAGUUAGCGUCUACGACAACGUCCCCGGCUCCCACCUGUAUGCCAGCACCGGGGAUCUUUUGGACUUGGAGAAGGACGAUCUCUUCCCUCACUUAGAUGACAUUCUGCAUCAUGUCAACGGGCUCCAAGAGGUAGUGGAUGACUGGUCCAAAAACCUGUUACCUGAACUGCAGACACAUCAUGCGCUGGCCGGAGAGGCUGGCUUCUGCCCCUUCCCCCCUCAUAGUCAGAUCACCUUAGACUUUGAAGGCAAUUCUGUCUCCGAAGGUCGGACAACACCCAGUGAUGUGGAAAGAGAUGGAGCGUCGCUUAAUGAAUCAGAGGCCGCUGGAGUCAGAGACAGGAGGGACUCUGGAGUAGGGGCCUCUCUGACCAGGCCAAACAGGCGACUCCGGUGGAACAGCUUCCAGCUCUCACACCAGCCGCAGCCGUCCACGGCAUCGCCCCACAUCAGCGGUCAGACAGCCGGCCAGCUGAACCUGCUCCAGCGCUUCUCGCUGCUUCGCCUCACGGCCAUCAUGGAGAAGCACUCCAUGUCCAACAAACACGGCUGGACGUGGGCAGUUCCAAAGUUCAUGAAGAGGAUGAAAGUUCCUGAUUACAGAGACAAGACAGUCUUUGGCAUUCCUCUCAUCGUUCACGUCCAGAGAACGGGGCAGCCCCUGCCACAGAGUAUCCAGCAAGCCCUGAGGUAUCUACGCAGCAACUGCCUCGAUCAGGUGGGUCUUUUUCGAAAAUCAGGCGUGAAGUCUCGAAUCCAUGCCUUACGUCAAAUGAACGAGAGCUUUCCUGAGAACGUCAGCUACGAGGACCAAUCCGCUUACGACGUGGCAGAUAUGGUGAAGCAGUUCUUCCGGGACCUUCCUGAGCCUCUUUUCACCAACAAGCUCAACGAGACCUUCCUCCACAUCUAUCAGUACGUCCCCAAAGAGCAGCAGUUGCAGGCAGUGCAGGCGGCCGUCCUGCUGCUGGCCGAUGAGAGCAGGGAGGUGCUGCAGACGCUGCUGUGCUUCCUCAACGACGUGGUCCACGCGGUGGAGGAGAAUCAGAUGACGCCCAUGAACCUGGCUGUGUGUCUGGCCCCCUCCCUCUUCCAUCUGAAUUUACUGAAGAAGGAAAGCUCCCCCAGAGUUAGCCAGAAGAAAUAUGCCUCCGGGAAGCCAGAUCAAAAAGACCUCAGUGAGAAUCUGGCCGCAGCUCAGGGGCUGGCCCACAUGAUCAUGGAAUGCGACAGGCUUUUUGAGGUCCCGCUUGAGAUGGUGGCCCAGUCUCACAGCUCACAUAUGGAGGCUGAGGUGCAUCCCCCAACUCUGGAAGACCUGGGGGCCCAGAUGGAGGAGAGCGGGGCCACUUUCCACACGUACCUGGAGCAUCUCAUCCAGGGCCUCCAGAAGGAAGCCAAGGAGAAGUUCAAAGGAUGGGUCACGUGCUCCAACACAGACAACACAGAUCUUGCUUUCAAAAAGGUGGGAGACGGGCAUCCACUGAGGCUGUGGAAGGCUUCUGUGGAGGUGGAAGCGCCCCCCUCGGUGGUUUUGAAUCGCGUGCUGAGGGAGCGCCACCUGUGGGAUGAGGAUUUCGUGCAGUGGAAGGUGGUGGAAACGCUGGACAAGCAAACAGAAAUCUAUCAGUACGUGCAGAACAGCAUGGCGCCUCACCCUUCCAGAGACUUCCUGGUUCUCAGGACCUGGAAGACUGAUUUGCCCAAAGGAAUGUGCACCCUGGUGUCCCUCUCCGUGGAGCACGAGGAAGCCCAGCUCAUGGGUGGUGUGCGGGCCGUGGUGAUGGACUCUCAGUACUUAAUGGAGCCGUGUGGGUCCGGCAAGUCGAGGCUGACGCACAUCUGCAGGGUGGACCUGAGAGGUCACUCCCCAGAAUGGUACAAUAAAGGCUUUGGACAUCUGUGUGCAGCGGAAGUUGCCAGGAUUAGAAACUCUUUUCAGCCCCUCAUUGCUGAGGGUCCAGAAACUAAAAUCUGAGUUUUCCCCAGUGUGACAUCAAACUCAGGGAAGAGGAAGUGAAAGCAAACACUUGUGGGAGAGAGUGUGCGCGUGAGAAAGCAAGGGAGAGAGAGAAACCGAUUGACAAUGCUUAUAAAUGGAAGCACUGAGAAGUCGGAAUGUUGAAGAUGCAAGAAUUUCUGAGAACUUUCCUAGCCUUCCUGGAGACGGCUACAUCCCUACUAAUAUAAUAUUUUUAAAAAUCAGAACAUUUAUCUAUGUUACUUAAAAUUAAAUGGAUUAUUCCUUGUGCAUUGCCUAAUUUGCUAUUUAAAGGCUUCUAAGAAGCGUAUUCUUAACUGUAAAUAAAUGUAUGUAUAGCAUAUGUA